AUGGUCACGAAAAGAACAACCACCGUGUUUAAUGAAAGCAAAAAGAAAGAAACCCGAAAACUGGAUUUUUUGAAAAAGAAGAAAAUCCUAGAGACAGCGGUCCAAGCUGAGUGGAUUGAAAACACAACAACCGUGGAAAUUCCCGACUAUUUGGAACGAGCGCUGCUCCUUGGGCCCAAUUACAACAUCCAACCAAGAACAAACAUACCAUACGUUGCUUUCAUCGCCGACGUUGAGAGCGCAAUAAAACAAAAACCCGACGCAGACGACAUCAGAUCCAGCAUCGCGACGAUGAUCAACAACUACGUCGACUUCCAAAACCAACCGCGCGCCAAAAACAACGAUUGGAUCCAUAAAGACAUCGUGCGUAGCCGAAAAUUUCUCCGAGAACACAACGAAGUAAUCAUCACCAAGGCGGACAAAGGAAAUAAAACCGUCGUGAUGCUAGCUAGCGAGUACAGCGAAAAAAUGACAGCUAUGGUAAGUGACACAACAACGUACACUCCCCUAGCCACAGAUCCAACAGAAAAGAUACUCAAACGCAUCAACACUAUGUUGGACUCGUGGCACGAAAAUAAAUACAUUUCCACUUACACAAAAAACAAAUUAAAAUUGUUCAACUGCCCUCCACCGAGGAUUUACGGUCUUCCUAAAAUUCAUAAAGAAGACCGCCCGCUUCGACCAGUAGUGUCGACAGUGGGGUCAGCUACGUACCGAAUGGCUCAGUUUCUUGCCAACGUGCUACAAAACGUCGUCGGCAAAACGAAACACCACGUGCGUAGUAGCUUCGACUUCGCGUCGGAGAUCACCAAUGUUCGGAUCCCUGAUGGUUGCAUUAUUUACUCGCUGGACGUCGUGUCGCUCUACACGAACGUACCGGUUCAAAAUGUGUAUGAUAUAAUUGAACAAAAGUGGCGGGAAAUUAGCGAUUACACGCCGAUACCAUGGACUGAAUUUAAACGCGCCCUUCACACAAUACUUGGAGCGUCGUUUUUUCAGUACAAUGGUAAAAUCUUCGAGCAAACUUUUGGCACGCCGAUGGGCUCUCCUCUAUCCCCGGUAGUAGCGUCUCUCUUGAUGGAACAACUUGAGGAAACCGCCAUCCAAUGCCUACGAGAUAAAGGUAUCAACCUCGUGAUGUACAAACGCUACGUCGAUGACUGUUUGAUAGUAGGUUAUGAAAACGACAUAGAUUGCGUGCUAGCCGAAUUAACAGUCAAUGCCCAAGCAUAA